GAAGGCACCACUGCCGUAACUGCGGUGUCGUCGUCUGCGGGCCGUGUUCCAACAAGAAGUUCCUGCUGCCGCACAUGUCGUAUAAACCUGUGCGAGUCUGCCUCACCUGCUUCGACGAGCUCACCAAGGGCAAGCAGCCAGCCCUUCAUGGUCCCUCUGGUGGCGCUCAGAAGACUUCUCCGGUCGCAGAAGCACCCAACUCACAGGACACGUCCGGAGAGGACUCGGACUCUGACGACGAUGCCACGGAGAACGUGGCGCCCCCUGUCAACAAUGAGGCCAGGUUUUUCGGCGACGAAACGCCGGCAUCAGCAGAGAACACUCAGCCAAAAGCAGCCGAAAACGACGACCCGGUGGCCGCUGCCGUUGCUGCCGCCGUCGCCGAGUGCAACCAAACGGGAGCCGCCGUUGCCGAGGGCAACAAAACAGAAGCUGUCGUCGCCGAGGGCAACACGACGGAAGCUUCUGUUGCCCCGGGCGAUGUUAUGGAAGUUGCCGGGGGCGACGCGAAAACGGAAGCCAAUUGCGCGGAGCCGCCAGCCUAGGCGAGGCGGGACACCCCCUGCAGCAGGUUGCCAUAGUUACCCUGCCGACUCUCUCAAACAACAAACUUUUCACGAACGAUUUGCUAUAUUUUAUCUACCAAUCACAGGAGUAUUUUCGUACGACCCCCCGUCCUCGCGUUCCCAACACGCAUACGUUUUUUUAAAUUCUCAUGCCCCCUUUCGCGUCUCUGCCGAUUGCUUCGUCACCCGCGCGCAGCAUUCACGAUUUAGAGCGGCUGGUCACCGGAGCGUUUCUGCGUGCCUCGCGGUCUCUCCCACGCUGGUGGCGCGUCCUAGUAGAGGGCGAAACCGAGCGUACAUCUUGCCGCAGACCGGGGAUGGGAUGACAUUACAAGCAGCGCGCGUGUGUAACGUCAUGGGUUAGUGUUGGCCGAGGAUACGACACCUGCGGUAGUCGAUGGUACUGCGGUAGUGAAUACGUAGCCUGCGAGGACCGUACAUGUAUCAGGUAACCCACGAACAAUGGGCAAAUUAAGUUAGACAGUACAGGUAGCAACACAGAGCAAGUACAGGUGGGAACGAGUUGUCGACGGAAAGCUACAUGACUAAUCUUUGAUCGUGUCACAUGGCAAAUUACAGCUACGAUGUCGACGAUGAUUGUACAUAAGUUUGACGCGGUGAUGUUGACGACGAUGGAUAAAGCAGGGAAUGCCAUGCAGCCUUGCUCACUCACUGUAUAGCAGUUAUCGCGGUAGCGGGCAAAAAUCACGCCAGUUACGAUUAGAGUGUGUUAAUUAAGUAAUUAUGUUUCAUUAAUUAUGUAAUUAUUAAUUGGGAGAUGAAGUGUUGUAAACCAGUGCUACUGCCCCAGCAUGCGACGACAGCAUUUAGGUAUUUCACGCCGAGUUCAGUUAUUGCACUCGUCUAUUAAUAAGUCUUUUAUCGCUCGUCAUCGUCAUAGAUUAAUAUAAGAAGAGAAAGAGAGAGCAUGCGAGGGUUCAUACGUCUGUUGAUAUUUAUAUACACCGUACGUACGGACGCGUGGAAUCACUAUUGCCACAGGAAUUCAUCGUAACAGCUGGUUCAUCAUCAUUCAUGCAUUGUGCUGCAUGGUGAACAGCUGGUUAUGUCAGGGGUACGUUAACGAUUUAUAAUUACGUUGUAACAUCGUUAUUGUACUCUUGACUACAUCGGGGGUACAUUCAUGAUUUAUAAUUACGUUGUAACAUCGUUAUUGUACUCUUGACUACAUCGGGGGUACAUUCAUGAUUUAUAAUUACCUUGUAACAUCGUUAUUGUACUCUUGACUACAUCAGGGGUACAUUAAUGAUUUAUAAUCACAUUGUAACAUCGUUAUUGUACUCUUGACUACAUCAAGGGUACAUUAAUGAUUUAUGACCGCAUUGUAACAUCGUUAUUGUACUCUUGACUACAUCAGGGGUACUUUAAUGAUUUAUAAUCACAUUGUUAGCAUCAUUAUUGUACUCUUGAUUACGUCAGGGGUACAUUAAUGAUUUAUAAUUUGAUUGCUAGCAUCAUUAUUGUACUCUUCAUUACAUCCGGAGUACGUUAACGAUUAAUAUUAAUUAGAUCGCUAACGUCGUUAUUGUACUCCUGCUUACGUGCGUGUGUUAUGUAGUUUUGCUAGAAAUCACGUGGUCGAACUUUUAUGAUCUACUAUGUAUAUCGUUCACUCCUGGUUAUUCAAUCGUGUGCAGGAUUCGUGUAAAUACAAGCCUUAUGAUCGCAUUCAGGUAAACAUUGUUAUUCAUUAACGACGAAUCGAUGGAGGUGAGGCGGGCGUGUGACCUCGCACGUGCCGUUUCCAUGGUAACGUCAAAGCUGGGAAUGUUAUGCCCGGCACACAUUAUUUUGCGGAGUUAUUUUACUCAAAUAAAAUGAAGCAUGAGUCAGUUUACUCACGUGUGCGGCGGAUUUUCGUUGAGUAAUUUGACUCAUGCGUCAUUUUACUCACGUGUGCGGCGGAUUUU